AUGCCACCCCCGAGGAAGAGCGAGAUCCUAAAACACAUCCCGAGACAUGGGUUAUUCCUAGAAACGCUACCACAAAGCGAGGAUAACCCGCCCGCGGAAUGCCCUGAGGGGCAGGGACUCGCUCCUAACACGCCACCCCGAAGGCAGAGGGAGAUACUAAAACGCAUCCCGGGACAUAGGUUAUUCCUAGAAAUGCUACCACGAAGCAAGGAUAACCCGCCCGCGGAAUGCCCUGAGGGGCAGGGACUCGCUCCUAACACGCCACCCCGAAGGCAGAGCGAGAUCCUAACACGCAUCCCGGGACAUAGGCUAUUCCUAGAAACGCUACAACGAAGCGAGGAUAACCCGCCCGCGGAAUGCCCUGAGGGGCAGGGACUCGCUCCUAAAACGCAUCCCGGGACAUGGGUUAUUCCUAGAAACGCUACCACGAAGCGAGGAUAA